GGUCUGUGAUUUUAACAGAUGUAAGCACCAUUGAAGUUAUUCUAUACGUUGAAAAGAAAUGCUGAAAGAUAUGAUUGGAUAAAAUGUAUUACUAGCCAAUCAAAUCAAAAAUAAAUAAUAAAACUUAAAAACAGAUUACAAUACUCAACAAUCCUAAUCAAGACAAAAAAGAAACAACUUCUCAAAAGCAAGAGUGGAGAAGUAUAUUUCAAUGUUGUGAAUGUGAAACGAAUUUUAUUUAGUACAAAGUACGUGAGAAAUAUAUAUGAAAAACAUUUAGAAAGUCUAAGUUAUUCAAAUAAUUUAUAUAAAUUGGAUUAGGAGUCAUUUAGAACGAACUUUUAGUGUCAUUUUAGUCAUGUGUAUUGAAGUGUUUACGGCUUUUACACUCGAGAGUUCUAACGUGUCUUUAUUUGAAAUAUGGCCUAUUACAAUGCCGGCAAUGUUGUAGCCGUACCUAACUCACCUGACCAAAUUGAAGACACAAAUAGUACAGACGAUCUUACUAUAAUACCAUUAGAAAAAGAUAGUUUCGCAAUAUGCGAAUUAUGUGGUCGCGUUGGCCGUCGGGGACAAUUCUACCCAAGAAACAAUAAGUUUUGUUCGCUUAGAUGCCACGCGAGUAAUUCGAGAAGACGACAUUGUAAUUGGAGGUUCAGAUUGAUGGAAGGUGCCGAACACAUGGCGGGCAUGAUACCAUUGGAGCCUCUGCCGCAGCUGCAGCACUGGCAGUCCACAGUAAACGAUUUGCAGGCUGGACCAAUAAAACAAUCAGCUGCUGUGGUAGCAAACAGUUAUGAAUGGAAGGAUGAAUUAUUUGGUUGUGAUUUCCUUGCUGCACCAGUGAGUUUAUUUAAGCAUGCUCCGCUACAUGAAAUGUGGGACAGCACCUUUGAGGGCAUGAAAGUAGAAGUUAAAAAUACAGACUGUGAAAACUAUUCAGACAAACUUAGUGACUAUUUCUGGGUAGCUACGGUAUUAAAAGUAAAAGGAUACAUGGGUCUUCUACGCUAUGAAGGUUUUGGCAGUGAUGAUUCAAAAGAUUUUUGGGUAAACCUUUGUUGCUCAGAAGUGCACCCUGUUGGGUGGUGUGCCACUAGAGGCAAACCUCUAAUACCUCCUCGUAGUAUUGAGGAUAAAUAUACUGACUGGAAAAAAUUCCUUGUAAAGCAGCUGACUGGCGCGCGUACUCUGCCCGCGAAUUUCUACACAAAAUUAAAUGAUAGUCUUGUAUCUAGGUUUUCUAUUGGUGUCCUUAUGGAAGUUGUUGAUAAGAAUAGAAUAUCACAAGUCAAGGUAGCUACAGUAUGUGAAAUAGUAGGCAAAAGGUUACAUGUCAAAUAUUAUGACAGUACACCAGAAGACAAUGGGUUCUGGUGUCAUGAAGACUCUCCACUAAUACACCCAGUAGGCUGGGCCUUUAGAAUUGGCCAUCCUUUAGAUGCGCCUCCUAGUUAUUUACAAAGGGUAGCCGCUGGUCGGCUCAUACCGAAUGACAGUACGCCCGACAUGUUUUAUAAGUAUCCAAGUAAUGAGCCGCCAUUAUUUGCACAAGGAAUGAAACUCGAAGCCAUUGAUCCACUCAAUUUAUCAGCUGUUUGUGCUGCGACCGUUAUGCAGAUACUGAAUGAAGGUUAUAUGAUGAUCAGAAUAGAUUGUUACCCUGCUGAUGCGUCUGGUGCGGAUUGGUUCUGCUAUCAUCAAAGAUCGCCGUGUAUAUUUCCAGUUGGUUUUGCACAAGCUAAUAAUAUACCACUUGUGCCCCCUGCUGGUAUAACAAUGGAGGAGUUCAGUUGGGAACAAUACCUGGCGGUUUCUGGUGGACAGCCUGCCGAUCGUUCGUUGUUUGCGGCGAGAGGUCACGUGGUAUCACAUGGGUUUGUGGCCGGCAUGCGCUUAGAGUGCGCCGACCUCAUGGACCCACGACUAGUCUGCGUUGCUACUGUCGCAAGAGUUGUUGCUGAUUUACUGAAGGUUCAUUUUGACGGCUGGGGGAUGGAGUAUGAUCAAUGGUUAUGGGCGCAUAGUACCGACGUGUACCCUGUAGGCUGGUGUCGCGCUGUGGGUCAUAGGCUGGAGGGCCCGCUACAACCACCGCCCCGGCCACCGCGCAAACACCCUCCAAAACAACCGAGACGAAGGCGUAAGCAACAAGGUUUAAAAUCAGCAUCACAACCACCAAAUACAACAGAAGAUAGUUCACAGAAUUCAGACAUGGGUGAUACUAAGAGUCUUUCUCCCCCUACAAGUGUUUCUGAAGUAUCACCAGAUGCAGAACCUCGGCUUGAAACCGACUCCACACCCUCGAAAAUGGACGUGGAUUUAGAUAUGGAAUCUAAGGAUAGUAUCGAACAACCUGAAGAAACUCUUGCUGAUAUGAAAGUAGAUAGUCCGAAUACACCUACAGACAAAUCCCCAACCACACCUACGGAUAUAUCACAACACACACCAACAGACAUAUCACAAGAUUCAAAUUCAAUUCAGAAUAUAGCACAACUAUCCCCAGCAGUUUCCAUGGAAGAUACGGACAGUGACAAGGUGAUACCUAGACUAGUCAAUACCUCAGUGCCCUUAGAUGUCCUAAACUCCGUCGACCCAGAACAUUGGACCACAGCAGAUGUUGCCAAAUUCCUUACAGUCAAUGACUGUCAGCCUUACUGUAUUAACUUCACCAACAUAACUGGUCCAAUGAUGCUUCAACUAACAAAAGACGAAAUCAUCGAACUAUUAGAAAUGAAAGUAGGUCCUUCAUUAAAAAUAUUUGAUUUGAUACAACAAUUAAAAUGCAAAAUAAAACAACCUCAGAGUAGAUUGCUAAAUAGUUUUAAAUAGUGUUUAUUUGAAUAAGCCACCUCACUACAUUUUUGAAAAGUUCUGUUGCACUGGCUAGCAGUUACAUACAUGAAUUGAUAAUUACCUCAGGUUUAAUAAA